UCAUCUUUCAUUUCAACUUGAAGUAUCAAAAAAUAUCAAUCUAACCUAACAAAACACAAUUAUGAUUAUUUCAAUAUUUAAUAAACGUAUUCCAUAAAAAAGAAUGUAAAACUAAAUUUUAAAAUUAUGUUGUCAUACAAAUAAAAUUUUUAUUUUCUAAUUGUCUUGUAAAAUUUAACAUCAAGUAUUCAAAAUGGAAUCGGAUCAUAUAUUAGUAGCUGCUGGAUUGACGGCUGCAGCCGUUGUGGGGGCAUUUGUAUUAUGGGGGCCACAAACUGGCAGUGGACGGAAUAAAAGUCGUUUGCUAGGAUUGGUAAAUUUAGGACAAACAUGUUUCUUGAAUACGUUAAUACAAGCGCUUGCUUCAUGUUCAACAUUUAUUGCUUGGCUUGAUAAUGAUAGAAAUGCAAGUGAAACUAGUUUAAGAGCAACGUUAUCGAUGGUUUUAGCUGUUGUGAAUGGCACUCACAGUUCAGUUCGUGAUUCGAAUCGUGAGAGUGGAGUUUUCGCCCCAGCCGCGGUGAUGGCAGCUUUAAAACGUUUAGGUUGGGCAAUUCCACCCGGAGAACAAGAUGCUCAUGAAUUAUUGCAUGUGAUUUUAUCGUCUUUAAGUGAAGAAGCUAGUAAAACUUCCAAAGUGCAAGGCAGUAUAUCGGAUAUACUAGCAUUCGAUGAUUUAGAUAGUCCCACUUCAAUGUAUGGUAUUAAUAAUUUAGCAAAUGAUGGUCCCUGGAGUUUACAAAGCGAAGGAGGCGAUGGUCCAAAUAUUGGAAAUAUUGCAUCAACAAGUUCAUUAUCCCUUUGUGACGCCAUUAAUAAAUGUGAUACAGAUGAUGAAGAUAUGACAAUGAGCAUGCGAUCAAGACAAGGCAGCUUAAGAUGGCUAGGUGGGUUGCGCCGAAGGCAUAGAUGGCUAUCACAGUCAUGCAGAGGAUUAGGUUUAAGUGGACCUCCUACACAACUUAGUGAACAUCCUUUUAGUGGAACUUUAGCCACUCAGUUAAAAUGUACGGAAUGUGGUUAUAAGGCACCAGUACGAUAUGAUAAGUUUGAAAGUCUAUCAUUAACGUUACCAGAUGAAAUGGGUGCUGGAGCAUGGGGUCGUCAUAAAUUACAUAGAUUGUUAGCUGAUUUUGUGGCACCCGAAGUUGUGUCGGGUGUUGCUUGCGAUGGGUGCAAUAAAGGACACGAAGCAGAAGGUUCUCCUCUUAGAUCGAAGCAUAUUAAAGUUGUAUACUUCGGAAAAUUACCAGCUUGUUUGUGUAUUCACGUUUCCCGUUGUACUUGGACUACGGGUUAUGGUGCGGGUAAACGUCAAGAUCCUGUUCAAUUUCCAGAACGAUUGUCUUUAUCAGCUUAUACUUAUUUGCAAUCGCAAACAUCUCAUCGGCGUCCAACUCAGCUAUUUGCAAGUUCAAGUGAAGGCGGCAGUCCUUUAUCUAGUAGUAUGCCAAAUGCUUGGGGUGUGUUUAAUAAUUUAACAGAAACUCGAGAAAUAAGAAAUUUGUAUAUAUUACAAGCAGUUGUGGUACAUUCAGGUAGUGCAUAUUCUGGCCAUUAUUCUACUUUUCGGCGAGGUCCGACUCCAUCACAUCGGAAAUGGUUCUACGCAUCAGAUGUGGAAAUUCGAGAAUCAAGUUUAGAAGAAGUCCUUCAAAGCAAUGCUUACAUGCUUUUCUAUGAAAAAUCACCUCGUACUGAUAUUUAUGGCUAAUUUAAGAUGUUGGUUGUUGUUUUUAAACAUUUUUCUUAAGAUUUCCAGUUACUGAUCGAAUUCCUCUAGUCAUCAACAUUUAUGAAAUAAAACAUACGAUUAAUUAUAAUUCAUAUAUUUUUGCUAUCAUCAAACAUUGAACAAAAAACAAUCAAAAUAUUAUAUUCAGUCACGUUUACUAUCUUUUAGAAGACUUAAUUUCUAUUCAUUAGAUAAACCAAAAAGUUUAGAAUUCAUAUUUUGGGAAAACAAUCAUUUUGUCCUAAGGUUCUUAUGUCACUUGUGUUAUUGAUGUGCCAUAUUGUUGUACGAAGACCAUUUUCAAUCGGUCAUUUUCAUAUUGGAUUUGUUUUUUAAUGGAUAAUGGUACUUGAUUAUCCUGCGGGUUUAAACGUACUAGAUAUUAGUAUUUUGUACAAUGGUUCGAAUUCAUUAUCAUUAGAAGUAUUUAGCAUUACCAUAAAAUUUACCAUGA